AACGCGAAUCUCUUUGUAUUUAAAUUCGUACCGGGCGCCGACGGUUGGUAACACCGAGCGAACGCGCGCGAUUUAUCGUAAAACAUUUUUCGCCGCCGCCCGCCACCCAAUAGCGAACGCCGAUCCGCGUCCGUCGGGUUUUUUCGCAUCGUUAAAUUGGUAUGGCGUUCAUUACAGACUUACCGCGGUACUGAGCAGCACGUCGUCCGUCCGAGUCGCCGAAUCCACCGUUAACCGGUUAACCGCGAAUUACGCCAUCUCGAGUCUACUGACCGACCGCCGACGACAGACGACAAUACGACAUCCGGUCCGGGAACGGCGAACGGCCCAGUGUAAUCGACAUAAAACACGUCCUCGUCGCAGAUACAUCGUUACGCAAACACACGGUUCAUAUAUAACGAUGGGCACGUAUCUGAGCAAACCGAUCACCGACAAGGAAUCCGAAGACUCGGCCAACGGGUGGUUGUCUUGCGGUUCCAGUUCCAUGCAGGGCUGGCGCGAGUCCCAAGAGGAUGCGCACAACUGUUUGUUGGACUUUGACAAGAGGGUUGCUCUCUUUGCCGUUUAUGAUGGACAUGGUGGUGCUGAGGUUGCCCAGUAUGCAGCUGAAAAGUUGCCUUCCUUAGUUAAAAACACCUUGUAUGAUAGCCAAGACUACGAAAAAGCCUUGAUAAAGGCUUUCAUGGACUUUGACGACAGUCUUAUUGAGACACCCGUUGUUGAACAAUUAAUUGCUCUCCGAGAAGAUAUUAAUGAAGAAUGUGCUGAUGAAGAAGAAGAAAGAGAAGAACUCACUGAACUUUAUGAAGAAGCUAAAAUGCCAAUUGAAGACAUAAUAAUGAAGUAUAAAAAUAAAAUACUUGAAAAUAUAGAUCAAAACAAAGAAAGUGCCAUUAGCAAAGAAAGUGAUGGCGAACCUAGUUCUUCUAAAGAAUCUCCUAUUUCAAAACCUAAAUCUAUCGUUGAAUCAAAUGACGCCUGCGGUUCUAAUAGCAGCAGUAGCAGCGAAAUGGUUGCAGAUGACGAUAAAAAAAAUGUUGGUAAUGGAAUUGAUGAAUGUAAACCUAAAGAUCCAACAGUCGAAAGUUCACCAAGUGCUAAAGUCAAUGGCAAACCAAAUGAUGAUGAUGAUGAGGAGAAUGAUGAAACUGAAGAACUUGUUGCUGAAAGUAGUGAAGCCGAAUGCGGCCCCAGCAGUAGUAAUGGACAAAAUGGCAAAGAAAAUAGUUCUGGAACUGCAUGUUUAAUUCUUGAGGAUUCAGAAGACGAUACUGAUGAAGAUGGAGAAGAGUUUGAAGGCUCAUUGAAGUUAGAUGAUGACUCAGAUUCAGAUAGCGAUGAUGAUGAUGAUGAUACACCGGCUAGUAGUUUUGUAUAUGGAGAUGACGAUGAAGAGGAUAAGCCAGGAAAAGAUAGUGGUUGUACAGCAGUAAUGGCUCUAUUAGUAAACAAUAAACUUUACGUCGCUAAUGCUGGAGAUUCGAGGUGUGUCGUUUCUGUUGAUGGUAAAGCUCAUGAUAUGUCAAAAGAUCAUAAACCUGAAGAUGAACCAGAGUUAAAGAGGAUUUGUAACGCUGGUGGCAGGGUUUCAAGCGACGGACGAGUAAAUGGAGGCUUAAAUCUUUCUAGAGCUCUGGGUGAUCAUAAUUACAAAAAAAAUAAAGAUCUCCCAAAUACUGAACAGAUGAUAACAGCUCUUCCCGAUGUAACUGUUUUGGAUGUAACACCAGAUAAUAACAAUUUCAUAGUGUUAGCUUGUGAUGGUAUUUGGAAUUCAUUAAGCAGCCAGGAAGUUGUUGAUUUUAUUUUGGAACGCAUCAAUAAACCAGAUGUCAGUUUAUCAUCGAUUUGCGAAGAACUAUUUGAACAAUGUUUGGCACCUAAUACAUUAAGUGAUGGCACUGGCUGUGACAAUAUGACGUGUAUCAUUGUUAAGUUAAACACAAAACAAAAGCGCUCUCGUUCAGAUGACGAAGAUGAUGAUGAUUCAGAAGGUGGAGAGUCUAAAAAACAUAAAUCAGAUUCAACGGAACCUGAAUCUGUACAUUAAUGUUCCUCCUGGCAUCGAAGAUUUGGUUUGACGAGCUGUUUGUAUUUGUUUCUGAAUUUUACAGAUGCAUGCGACUGAUUUAUGGAUUAAUUUCUUUUCUUAAAUUUUAACGAGAAAAAACAUUGUCUUAUAAUUUAUAUAAUAAUAUUAUAGUAGUGUAGUUUUAUUAUAUUUUUCAUAAUUAAAAUUUCAUAUGAUAAUAAAGUUAUUUUAUCAUUUUAAUAA